AUGGACGAGAAGCAGGCCCCCGGGAGGUCUAGUGGCAUCCCUCGCCUGUCACGGCUGCCUCUUCCCAAGCCAGCGCCUACUCCCGCUGUCCGACCUUCUCCUUCGCGAGAGGGCCUAAACUCGGGUCUGAGGAAUCCUCGACUUCGACCAGCUGCCUCGCGGGAUCAACUAGGCCCCGCCGUAGCCCCCAAGCAGCCCGAACCCCGGCCAGCUCCGAAACCGAGGCGCGAGAUCCAGCCGCCCUCUUCAAGAAAGACGGAAUUGCGAGCCCCCCCGACCACCCUCAGGAGCUCCCGCAGCGUGCCUCGACUGAAGACGAAAGAACCGAUUUACAACAAGCCCCCAACUCCUCCGGAGGACAUUGAGCAGCCCGUCAUUUCACGCUCCGCCAGUCUUUCGCGUCGACGUUCUCAGCCUCACGCCGCCACUCCCGAGUUCGACCCAGUGCCAGACCUGCCCCCUCUGCCCCGCGACGCAAGUCCGCCGGUUGCUGUUGACGAUGCUGAAUCUGAGCUUCCAACCUUUGACACGCCGAGGGCGAGAUCUUUCAAGCCUCGACCCUCCCUCUCCGAGCGUACGAUCGAGACCCUGCAGCAACUACAGUCGUCGCCUUCCCUAAGUAAGAAGACGUCGACCUUUUUCGACCCCGAUGGCACCAUGCGACCUCGUUCACGCGCCGGCAGCGGCCACUCGAGACCUGGCUCAAGCUACACCUCCGACGGCUCCAUACCACCAACCUCGCGUCACAGCAGGCCAAACUCAUCUUCCGGCGCUGAAGAGAACCCCUUUGCGAAUGCCCAACAAGCUGCAAAUGCCUACCGCUCCCCGUUGGGCUCUGUCGAAGGCACUCCCGCUCGUCGUGUGUCUAGCAUCCGCUCUCUCAGGGCACCGACCGUGAGAGUCACACCCCAAGCAUCACCGUCUGGUCCCUCGUCUGCCGCGGGUAUCCCGGUCAACCAGAGUCCCAGUCCGACAAGGACAACUGGCAUGCUGCCACCGUCCAAGGUCGGCGCAAAGACGCUCGCUGCUCGUCCUCUCAAGCCUCGUGCCUCGGUCAGUGGUCUGUACAAGAAGCCGUCUCUGCCAUCGAUGAGCCAACCUCCUUCAGCCGCAGCUGCUUCACCACCUCCCAAGCUGACGCCGGCCAAGUCGUACGGAUCCCUGAGAAAGCCCACACCUUCAAAGAUAGGCAGCCCAGCUCCAGCGGCCUCGGCUGGUACAGACGAAGAAUCGGCUGCCAGGAAAUCCUCUAAUGCUCUACGGGAACAAAUCGCCAAGGCCAGGGCAGCCAAGCGCGCCGCAGACCGUCAAGCUGCGGAAACAGUAUCAGCACCGAACCCAGAGCCAAUCGCAGAGGCAUCUUCGAGCCAGAUUGAGCCUCCCAUCGUCCCAGCGGACGACGGUUUCAACUUUGGCAUUGCUGUUACGACGAACGACCCUUUCAACGCCAAUGACCCGUUCAACACCAAUGACCCGUUCAACACCAAUGACCCGUUCAACACCAAGCGAUCAGACACUUCGCAAAAGAAGGUCAUCCAGCAGCGUCUCGCCGCCGGCCGAAGCAGUGGCCGGCUCAACAUUGCAGCACUGGGCCUGAAGGAAAUCCCAGUCGAAGUCCUGAAGAUGUAUGACAUGGAAUCCAUGGGUACUUAUGAUGGCUCGUGGGCGGAGACAGUCGACCUGACAAGACUUGUGGCUGCUGAUAAUGAGUUGGAGACCAUCGAAGACACCAUUUUCCCCGACAUCACAGCAGAGGAGAUGGCCCAGGACGAGGACUCGAAUGGCAACAUCUUUGGCGGCCUUGAGGCGAUGGAUUUGCAUGGCAACUCCUUGAUCUCGUUGCCAAUGGGACUGAGACAGCUUCCCCUGCUUACGUCUCUGAACUUGUCUCAAAACCGCCUCGCCAACAACUGCCUCGCAGUCAUCACUCAGGUCAAAGCCCUCCGUGACCUGAAGCUCGCCAACAACCUUCUCUACGGCCCUCUGGAUCCCAUCUUCGCGAACCUGGAGAAUUUGGAAAUUUUUGACCUACAUGGCAACAACGUGUCUUCGCUUCCUCCGGGCAUCGAGAACCUGUCGAGGCUACGUGUUCUCAACCUGAGCGACAAUAGCUUCGAGUCUCUGCCUUUCACAAGCCUCUCCAAGCUUCCGCUGACGGAGUUGCUGAUGAAGAAGAACAAGCUGACGGGCACCUUGAUUGAAGAUGGAGUGGAGGCUUUGUCGAACCUUCAGAUGCUGGAUCUCUCCUGCAAUCAGUUGACUCGCUUGGUACCUUCAGGGUCCACAAUUAGCCUUCCUUCGGUUCAUCAGCUUGUUCUAUCCAUGAACCGCCUGCAAGAGCUGCCCGAUGUUAGCUCUUGGUGUAGCCUCAUGACAUUGACCGCGGACGAGAACGCCAUUCCCGAAUUCCCGAGUGGCUUCACCAGCCUCAUGAAGCUGAGACACGCUUCGGCCCGUGGUUAUGUCUCGGACUCGGAUGACUUUGCCACACCGCCCACCUCAUCGCCUACUUCACCCGCACGAGCGCGCUCGCAGACUCUGGCCAACGAAACCUGGCCCGUCAAGCAGGGCAUCCUCGACCGUUCGAACACCAAGUCGUCGUCCUUGCACCCAGUGGUUUGUUCCAGAGUAGCUGCCGACAACAAGGUUACUGAGAUCCAGUUGCACCACAACCUGUUUACCUGUUUCCCGAACUCUCUGUCUUUCUUCGCCGAGUCUCUGGCAGCUCUAUCGCUCGCCCACAACCAACUGGUUGGUGAAACCUACUUGACAGAGGAACUUGAUCUUCCGGCGCUGCGCGAGCUGAACCUCGUCAGCAACCACAUCACUAGCCUUUCGCCCUUGACUACACACUUGCAUGCCCCGCAGCUGGAGAAGAUGGACGUCUCUCUCAACCGCAUCACGGCCUUGCCGCCCAACUUGCGCAUCGUCUUCCCCCGACUUGUGGUUUUGCUAGCCGCAAACAACCAUUUGAUCGAACUUGACCCAGACACCAUCAAGGGCAUGGAGGUUGUCGACGCCGGCAACAACGACAUCGCGCACUUGAACCCCAAGCUUGGUCUCCUCGGCGGUAGUGGAGGACUGAAGCGUCUCGAGGUCUCUGGCAACCGCUUUAGAGUCCCACGGUAUAAUGUACUUGAGCGUGGUACCGACGCAACUUUGCGCUGGCUCAGAGGACGAGUCCCCGUCGCGGAGAUGGCUUCAUGGAAAGAGGGCCAGGGUGACUCGGGCAAUGCUUCCGACACCAGCCUGGCGGAUGUUGACUGA